ACCAUCUCCUGAAAACCGUUCGGGUCGUCGGUUUGUUUACGUUAAGUCAUCUGGUCGAGCUGUCACCGUGCCUUGCCAUUUUCUCAUUAGAAAUAGGGAGAUUUGUCCUUAUAUUACGGGUUUAUAUAACUUCGAGGAAACAGUCGCCAAUAUGUCAGGUGAUAUAAGCCUUGGGUGCUCUGCUCUGACAAAGAUGUUGCUCCAUGCUGCGCGAUACCCACAUUCUGCCGUCAGUGGGGUGGUACUUGCACAGGGAAAGGGAGGAGAUUCCAGCAAUAUGGUCUUGGUCGAUGCUGUUCCUCUAUUCCACCUUCAGCUUGGUCUUGCUCCCAUGCUGGAAGUUGCUUUAACUAGGAUCGAGCAACACUACAGAUCGAAAGGACUGGUGAUUGCGGGUUACUACCAGGCCAACGAGCACAUCAGGGACAAUGUGCCUGAUUUUGUAGCCCUGAAGGUAGCAGAGAAGAUAGCUGAGAAUAAUAAUGAUGCUUGUCUAAUAAUGAUUGACAACAAGAAGCUGUGCCUGAACCUUCAAACUGCUCCCAUCAUUGUCUCACAAUUAACAUCAGAUGGAAAGUGGAAAAGUAAAGAUAAACCUAGAUCUCAGUGCUUCUUAGUAUGCGGGGCUUUGGAUGUCAUAUCUCAGUUGCUUCAGCGGAAGGUCCAACAUGACGUCAAUGAUUUUGAUAACCACCUGGAUGAUCUGACCUGCGACUGGGACAACCCUCAGAUUAACAAGCUUUUAGACACCCUUACGGCAGCCGCUCAGGACAAGUGCUAAUGGAACAAUUAUAUUUUCUGAAGAUCAAAGUCAUGAACUCUGACACAUCUUGUACAUGUGCGUGUAUGUUGUCUUAAAGUCCUGGAAUGAUUUAGUAGCAAGAGUUCGUAGAGAUGAAUUUUUCUUUUUCUUUGAAGUCAUUCCAUUGUUUAAUGAGUCGUAUCCA